UACACCAGCAAUAAAUAUUUUGCAAGAAUUGACAAUCGAAAAUAUUUAUAAAAAUAUAAUAAAAUUGAUAAAAUUAAACAUAAUAAGUAAGAAAUGAAGAAUUUAAGGCUUUGAUUACAAAUUGCACUGAUAAAUAAGAAUGCACCACAAUUUGAUAUUUUCUAAAAAGGAAUUUAAAGUGGCAUUAUAUUAUUUUCGAACAUACGCGGUUCUAAUCGCGCUUGCAGCCUCGUGAGAAAGACAAGCAACGUCAUUGCUGGUGCUGUGCUACUCUACUCGAGGAAGACAGCCAGACAAACAUGGCGGAUUGCACUAACAUCGUGUUCUUUGUAUUGUGCGUCAGUCGUCGGACGGUACAACUACGUCGGGUUAAUUUUUAUAAGGCAUAGUUAUUAUAAUUCGACUAAUUGAGUGAAUUAUUAACGUAUUAAUAAGAAGUUUUAAGUCGUAAGUAAUCUCGAUAUCAUUGUGCAAUUAUUUAGUCGUCACCGAUCUGUCGGAACAUUCCUCCAUUGAAGGAGAAAAUGGCUGUCGUUCCUUUUGACUGUCGCCUGCCAUCUUGGGAACUAGUACUAUUCCUAUAUUGUGAUUCAUUUUUUAGUAGUUGUGCCUAGAAUCACAAUUUCUUAUGAAAAUUAUAUAAGAAGAAUUAUUAUUAACGUAAAUUUAAAGUAUAAAUAUCAACAUUUGAACUCUUAACAAUACCAUCUCCAAGAUGAACGAGGAUUUAGAAGAAAAAGUUGCUGAUGAAACAAGAAGUGAAAAUGGCUCUCUUCAGAAUUCUAAUUCAAGAAGCCCUUCUAGUUGUUCAGAUUCAGGUUCUGAAAGUGAUUCUGAUUCUGGAUCUGCAUCUGAUUCUAAUUCAGAAUCUGUCAAAUCACAAUCUCAUCAAAGUUCAAAAAGUGAAUCUGAAGCAGAUUCAGCAUCAGAUAGGGAGAGUGUGUCUAAUAGUGAGAGACAAAAUGCAUCUUCACCAGCAGAUAUCCAUUCUGAUGAUUGUAAAUCAGAAUAUGAACAAAAAAAUGAUGGUGAUUCGAAGAGUCCUCAUACUGAAAACUCUCUAGAUGGCAGUCGUUCUUCACAUAGUCGUAAAAAUAAAUUGAGAGAUUUGAAACAGAUGUGGGAAGAAUUUCCUGAUGUCUAUGGUGUGCGAAGGUCUUCUAGAUCACGCAAAGAGCCAGAGAGGUAUACCACUGUUGGUGAGGAUUCCGAUGCCAGUGACAGUCAGAGAGAAGCCCAGAAAAGAGGAAAAAGAAAAGAUUCUGCUGACUGGCAAGGCAGUGAAGACACUGAUUCUGAUAGUGAUGAUGAUAACAGUGAACCGUUAACUCGGUCCAGGUCUAUAAUUCCAAAUCGCACAACUUCCCGUAGACCUGUUGGCUCGUCAUUAAAAAAUUUAAGAACAAGUAAAAACUUAAACAGGUUAUCUAGGUCAUUUCAAAAUAAUCGAUCAAAUAGAAAAAAGAGAAAAAUUUCAUCAUCUAUGGAUGAAGAUUCUGAUAGUGACACAGAUGCAAAGAGAAAUUUGAGGCAGACAAAAAAGAAAAUUAGGUAUGUAUUCAAUUAA